AUGACCUAUCGGGCGGUGGCCACCUUGAUGCAUGUGGAUGUUAUUUUAGCCGAGGACACCCGAAAUGCCCAAAAACUCUUGCAGCAUUACGGCAUUCAAAAACCCGUGACGGCCUACCAUAUGCACAAUGAACAUGCCAAAACCAAUGGCCUAAUUGAUGGUAUGAAAAGUGGAACCACCUAUGGACUAAUCACCGAUGCGGGCACUCCUGGCAUUUCCGAUCCAGGGUAUUUAUUGGCCAAAGCCUGCAUAGAAAAUCAUUUGAAUUUUGAAAGUCUGCCCGGUGCCACGGCCCUCAUUCCAGGCCUCAUUCUUAGCGGAUUCCCCAAUCAUCAUUUUAGCUAUUAUGGAUUUUUACCCGUUAAAAAAGGCCGUCAAACCGUUCUCAAUGAACUGUCAACGCUUAAUCAUACGGUGGUUUUAUACGAAUCGCCUCAUAAGAUUCACAAAACCCUAAGCGAUUUAUCGCAGGUUUUGGGAGAAGACACUCCCGCAUGCUUGGCCAGAGAACUCACCAAAAAAUUCGAAGACAUUCGCCGUGGCACUUUGGGCGAUUUGUCCAAUGAUAUUGCCGAC